UGCCCUGACGCCCCGCCUGUGCAUCCCUUGCCCCGGCCGGGGCGGCUUAGCUGGGGUUGUGGGUAGGAGCGGACCCGGGCGUCCUGCCUGGCGGAGCGCGAGGCCGGAGGGCCUGCAGUUUCUGACCUUCCUGUUUCUGCCCUGCGCUGCCCGGCGCGUCCGUGCUGCCGUCAUGGAACUGGUUUUAAACCGAACGGAUUACUUACAGGUGGGAGUGACCUCUCAGAAGACUAUGAAGCUCCUUCCUGCAUCAAAACAUAGAGCUACUCAAAAGGUGGUUGUUGGAGAUCAUGAUGGGGUAGUUACGUGCUUUGGCAUGAAGAAAGGAGAAGCAGUGGCAGUGUUCAAGACUUUACCAGGCCAGAAGAUCUCAAGGCUGGAAUUAGGAGGGGUUCUUAACACACCUCAGGAGAAAAUUUUUACUGCUGCAGGAUCUGAAGUUAGAGGUUUUACCAAGAGAGGAAAACAGUUCCUCUCUUUUGAAACAAACCUCACUGAAAGCAUUAAAGCUAUGCACAUUUCUGGCUCAGACCUCUUUCUCAGUGCAAGUUACAUCUAUAACCAUUAUUGUGACUGCAAAGACCAACACUACUACCUUUCUGGGGACAAGAUCAAUGAUGUCAUCUGCCUUCCAGUGGAAAGAGUACCACGCAUCACACCCGUGCUGGCUUGCCAGGACAGAGUGCUCAGAGUGUUACAGGGAUCUGAUGUAAUGUAUGAAAUUGAAGUUCCUGGCCCACCUACUGUCCUAGCUCUACACAGUGGAAAUGGAGGUGACUCUGGAGAAGACCUUGUGUUUGGAACAUCAGAUGGAAAACUUGGACUUAUUCAGAUCACCACAUCCAAACCAAUACACAAGUGGGAAAUUCGAAAUGAGAAAAAAAGAGGGGGUAUUUUGUGCAUCGACAGCUAUGACAUUGUGGGUGAUGGGGUCAAAGAUAUGCUUGUUGGAAGAGAUGACGGAAUGGUGGAAGUAUAUAGUUUUGAUAAUACAAAUGAGCCUGUUCUACAAUUUGAUCAAAUGUUGUCUGAAAGUGUCACAUCUGUCCAGGGCGGUUGUGUAGGAAAAGAUGGCUAUGAUGAAAUUGUGGUGUCUACAUAUUCAGGUUGGGUUACGGGUCUGACCACGGAGCCCAUCCAUAAGGAAAGUGGGCCAGGAGAAGAACUAAAAAUUAACCAGGAGAUGCAGAAUAAAAUUUCUACUUUACGGAGUGAGUUGGAACAUCUGCAGUAUAAGGUCCUGCAGGAAAGAGAGAACUAUCAGCAGUCCUCACAGUCGAGCAAAGCCAAAUCAGCAGUACCCUCAUUUAGCAUAAACGACAAAUUUACACUAAGUAAAGAUGAUGCGAGCUACAGCCUUAUCUUAGAGGUGCAAACUGCAAUAGAUAAUGUCUUAAUACAGGUGAGCAAAGUCCCAGUAGAUUUACUUGAUGUGGAUAAAAAUUCUGCUGUUGUUAGCUUUAGCAGCUGUGAUUCUGAGUCAAAUGACAACUUUCUUCUUGCCACAUAUCGGUGCCAAGCAAAUACCACAAGACUGGAACUCAAGAUUCGCUCAAUUGAAGGCCAGUAUGGCACACUUCAAGCCUAUGUGACUCCAAGAAUUCAACCCAAAACCUGUCAGGUCCGCCAGUACCACAUCAAACCGCUUUCACUUCAUCAAAGAACUCACUUCAUUGAUCAUGACAGACCCAUGAAUACACUGACUCUAACAGGUCAGUUCAGUUUUGCUGAAGUUCACUCCUGGGUGGUCUUUUGCCUGCCUGAAGUUCCUGAAAAACCUCCAGCAGAGGAAUGUGUGACAUUUUACUUUCAGAACACCUUCCUGGAUACACAGCUUGAAAGUAUCUACAGAAAAGGAGAAGGAAUUUUUAAAUCUGACAACAUUUCCACUAUAUCCAUCCUAAAAGAUGUGCUUUCUAAAGAAGCUACAAAAAAGAAAAUUAACCUCAAUAUAUCAUAUGAGAUAAAUGAAGUAUCCGUCAAACACACUUUAAAGCUGAUUCAUCCAAAGCUGGAAUACCAGUUGCUUUUGGCUAAGAAAGUGCAGUUAAUUGAUGCUUUAAAAGAAUUACAGGUUCAUGAAGGAAAUACAGACUUUCUGAUACCAGAAUAUCGCUGUAUUCUAGAAGAGGCAGAUCACCUACAAGAAGAAUACAAAAAGCAACCUGCACAUCUCGAAAGACUCUACGGAAUGAUCACUGAUCUUUUCAUAGAUAAGUUUAAGUUCAAAGGCACCAACGUGAAAACCAAAGUCCCUCUUCUGUUGGAGAUUCUGGACAGUUAUGACCAAAAUGCAUUGCUUGCGUUCUUUGAGGCAGCAUGAAGUAGUAGCAAGGUAAAGUCCCAAAGAAGUCUAUUUAAAUGAAAAACUUUAAAACAGAAUUACAAAGUGAUUUUACCUACGUUUAUUUCAAAUGCCUUUUAAUAUCUAAAACUGAGAUAUGAUGGCUAUUUUAGUAAUGCUCUUAUUAAUAUUUCUUUUGACAAAUGAAACAUGAAAAAAAAAGAUUUUUUAAUUUUUAAAAUACACGCAUAAUGACUAGAAGAAAUCUUAAUGAAUUUUAGGCUAGUGGAUAUUUUAUCUUUUGAACCAAGAAAUUGUAUUUGGAAAGUAAAAAUAUAUUUUAAAAAUAUGUGCAGAUAUUUUAUAAGGUGUACACACAUGUAAAUAUGUCAGCUGCUCUUUACAGGUUUCAAAAUGUAUUUUCAUCUCUUCCCUUACCUGUUCUUCACAAUUGUUCUGUAAGUUUGUCAGACCAUAUAAGAAAACUGAUUCUUGGUGAGGUUACAUGAUUAAGAGGUCAUGCCAGUGUUUUAUAAGCCUGGAUCAGAACUCAAGUUUGGUACCUGGUUACUAUAUAUAUAUCACUAACCAGCAAGAAUAACCUACUCAUUGUUUGUAGGAGUUGGGAUUGACUUACAACUGAGUUCUCUCUUACUUGGUAACACUUUACCACCUGCCUGGAUGCUUGACUUGGCUCAGUGCUUUAAAUUGUGGCCAAAGAGAUAAGCAGAGCUUAUACAGACUGGGGGGAUCUUGUGCUGUGACCAGCCCAGCUACACAAGUAUACUACGGGGGGAGAGAACAGAAAUAGGGAUGCUUCCUAGAUUUUCCUGCACUAGUACCCAUUAAUUUUUUUUUGGGGGGGUAUAUAAAGGAAAGUAUGACUUUAAGCCACAGAAGUUUUAGUCAUUAAUCUUAAUGUUUAUUCAUUUCAGGAGAAUAUUAUAAUUAAAGUUUUAAAAUGGUAUACUGAUAAUGGAAAAUGAGAUUUUCUUUAUGCUUUUAAGAAAGGCAGUAUUUGGGAUCAGCCGAUGAUGGCAUAAUGGUUACGUUCUGGACUCUCACAUAACUGACCACCAUUGGAGUCCCAGACCUGGUGGCU